UGAAAACUAGACAAGAGUCAAGGAUAUCGACAAAAUAUAUAUAAAUAUAAACAUUUUAAAGCAAGCGAGUUAAAAGGUUCUCUCUAUUUGAUACGUGAUAAAUUAUUACCGGAGAUAAUGUUGAAUAUAUCAAAAGUUUAUAUUAUAUUUGUCGUGUUAUCAAGUGUUUACAGUGUUCCUUCAGAAGGUUGGAGAGAAAUUGGUAUAAGUUUAUGGAGGUCUGUUGGAUCUGCGCACCUGGCGGCAAAGUAUCUUAAAGUGAGAUACAUUAGCAUGUUGAAAGCAUAUGAAAAAAUGAAUACAGACCAAGACUCGGGCGACCUCUACUGGGUAUCAUUUAUAGCAGAAUCUAAGGAAGGAGAAGAUCAAGAAUGUCAGGGAAAAGUUCUGUGGCCACUUGGAAGCAGAAGGAAAGUUAAAAGUGCAAGUUGUGGACCUGUUACGCAGUGAAGAUACGUUGAUGUAAAGGUUAACGAUACAUGAAGGCGACAAAUUUUGUCUAUAACUAUGUAAAUUUUAUAUGAACACGAAAGGAACAUUUUAUGAUGUCAUUGAAAUUAAAAAAAGUAUUAAAACAAUGAAAAAAUUAUUGUAUCUCUGAAAUCAUAGUCCAAAAGCAAAAUUUGUAAAUUGAUUUAUCAUAAAUUCAUAAUAAAUUUUAAGAAUUG